UAGCCGGCUCCCCUGGCAUACAGAGGCAGUCAUCCUCUCUUUCUACCUGCCUCAUUAUGUGUCUGUCUGUCUGUCUGUCGCCUCUAAGCGUUUAGGUGAAUAUAAAUCUCGCUGAUGGAGACCGCUGUGGACCGGGGCUCUUGCUUUUCUCCCCGCCGGAGAGACACAAACUCACCGGACAAAUAAGGCGACACACACCGGUUUUCUUCGGUAAAACGCCGCCGCUGCUGUUCAUCACAUUGACGCUUUGCUGGUGUCUAUUUCUCCAUCUGUUCUCUAAAAAACGACUUCAAACAAAACAGAUGCCCUGCUCGGGAAGUUACGGACAAAACACGGAUAAAUCCUCCAAGUCGUGUUCUCCAAUUUUCCAAGAGGCGCUCUCUUCUCACCAGAAGGAUUUCUUCCUCUCUGAACCUGCUCUGCUCUGACCUCAACAAGAAUCUUUUCAGUCCCUCCAAUAAGGAAACCUCCUCCUACUCAGAUCCAGACCUCUGAGAAAUGAGCUGCCAAUGAAUCACCUUCGAGGUAAUCAGUCACCUUUACUUGGCCUGGGGGUCUUCUAGAGGGCUGGACCUCCUUGCCACCAUGAAAGGGUUGGGGACCAACCGUAACAGACACCUGUCUGACUCCUGUGAACCUUCUUCAGGCCAUCCAGACGCCCUCUACAAUCAGAGGAUCAGCACCCUGCCACGCAGCCCUUACCUACUGAGCCCCACGAUGGACCACUAUGGGACCAUGGACCCUCAUCUCUAUCAGUCAGCCAACCCAGGCACCCUUCCACCAGACUGCAUGCUGCCCCUCAACAACCAGCUGUCCAACAGCAGCACCUUCCCCAGGAUUCAAUACAACUCCUAUGAUCAAUCUGACUUCUCCCCACCUGGGGACAGCAUCGGGGGAAUAAGUACAGGAACCCUGGGCACAUCCAUGUCCAUGGGUAUGGGAACAGGCAUGGGCAUGGGCAUGGGCAUGGCAGGGCUGAGUGGACGAACACCUAUGAUUACGAGUGGCUCAGCAACUAUAUCACAUCAUAUGACCAAGAACCAGGCACCACCAAGUCUACUGGAGUUUGACAAGCAGCUACCUGGAAGCCAUGACGGAUUCAGUACGUUGCAGUUUCAUCGAACGACUGCUGUUGCCACUGCCAAGCAGCGCACAGACAGUCCUGGUCGCAUUCGUUACAUGUUGCACUCAGUGCAGAAGCUCUUCGCAAAGUCCCAGUCACUGGAGAGCCACAACAUGAAAGGAGUCAAUGGACGCUCUACUGGCAGUGGUGGAGGCUCAUCUGGCACUGAAGAUGGAGGAAAGCAGAAUCGCAGGGCCAAAAGUAAAGAUCGGGGAACAAAAUCAGAAGCAACUGCUAAGCGGCGACCACGCUCCAACAUGUCAGGUUAUUGGAGCUCAGACGAUUUGGACAGCAGUGAUCUGAGCAGCUACCAUAACACCAUGGCCAUGAUGACUCUGGGACGUCCAGCUGGCCACGACAGCCAGGAGAGCCAGAGCAGAUACAUCCACAGUGGGUACAACACAAUCAGCUCCUCCAAAAGCAGCAAUGACAUGAAGUAUCAGACACUUUCUAUGCCUGGGGAUGGAGGAGUUGGUGGAAUAGGUGGAACAGGAAGAAUGGUAAUAAAUGAUAGUGACUAUAUGAAAGGAGGGUCCUGGUCCACACUGACAAUGGGCCACCCAAGACAGGUCCUUCAGAAGGGCUCAGCUACUCUGGACAGGUCCAUGCUCAAAUCCAAAUCCUGCCAACAGGAACUAACCUGCAACUACCUACAGGUUGGACGAAGGGGGGAUUGGAGCAGCACAUUAGGUCGCAGCGGGGGUGCCAAUGAAAUCCCAUGUCGGCGGAUGCGCAGUGGUAGCUAUGUGAAGGCCAUGGGAGACAUGGAAGACAGCGACGACUCGGAGGGAAGCCCCAAACCCUCGCCAAAAACCACAGCUCGUCGCCAGAGCUACCUCAGGGCUACGCAGCAGUCUCUGAGCGACCAGCUACCCCAACGAAACAGAACCCUGGAAUACACCUUGUUGCAGGGGGAGCUGGAUGCCCUGUGGUCUCCACUCCACAGUGUGUCCUCUCUGCACCAGUUGGGCAGAUCAAUGAGCAGCUGUCUUCCAUCUCUCCGGGAGCUCUCCAAUAAUCGCAGCCUGGACAAUCUAGACUGCAUUGGGGGUACAGGCUCAUCAUUGCCACCCUGGGAUGAUGAUGACUUCAGCCAGGCCUGCAGCACGUUAGGCAGACGUAGCUGCAUGGCACAGCUACGAGACCUGGAAAUGAGUCAUCAUUAUGAGGACCGCAGCUCCGAGUCCACAUUUAGAGAUUCCCGUUCUCACUCUCAGGACAACUCAGAGCCUCCAGACUUGCCCAUGCCAACAUGCUUCAGAUCACGCAGCCAUAGCUACCUGAGAGCCAUCCAGGCUGGCUGUUCCCAAGAUGACGACACAGCAUCCAUAGACUCAGGCUGCUCACCACCUCUGACUGACACCACUGUUCGCACCUACAGCACCAGCACUGAUGACCUUCCUACACAGUUGAAGACAUGGAAAGAACAGUUUGGCUCUUACCUGAUAGCCACUGGCUUGGACAAAGCCCCAAAGGAGAAACAACUUGCACUUUUUCUUCAGCAUUUGGGGACAGACAGACCACAGACCACCAGACAGACCAUCCUACCCACACGCACAGUCUCUACAUGCAUAACCACAUGUAAGAAGGUUGCUCCUCCACCAGUGCCGCCCCGUACAACCUCCAAGCCCUACAUCUCUGUGACAGUACAGAGCAGCACAGAAUCAGCCCAAGACAACUACCUGGACCAGCAAGACCGGAGGUCAGAGGUCAACAGCCAGUCAAGCCACGCUCACAGCAACUCCUCUGACAGCCUUGACAGCACCCGUGCCAACAGCUUGGCCCGGGGGAUUCCCCGCCCUCCACACAUCAUCCCCACUCCCAUCGCCACCCCUAGAGAGCCAAUCAUCCCCACCACCUCUAAUGCUUCCACUGAUACAAGUGACCCAGUCACCCAGCAUGAAUCCCUGAAAUCAGGAUUAAAUAAAGGGAAUCUCGUGGCAGAGGAACCCCUAGUAGUGCCAGUACCCAGGCGGAAACUGUCAUCCAUUGGCAUUCAGGUUGACUGUAUUCAGGAAGUUCCACGAGAAGAGACCCCACCACUGGCCAAAUUUCAGUCAAUCGGAGUACAGGUGGAGGACGGGUGGCAGCUCAGUCGCUCCAGUAGCAUGGCCUCAAAACAAGAAACAGACUCAGACACACAGGACAUCUCUUUCAUCUCCCAUAUCAAUAAUGUCAAACACUCUGAGAAGAAAAUCAUGGUAAAUAGUGCCAGCCAAUCCAUGAGCUCCCCUCCUGGACAAGACUCUUUAGACAACGGAGACACUACUGGUGAUAUCUCUUCACCUCCACCUCCCAGACAGAUCCUCAAUCGCUCCACCACACGAAGUAGCUCUUCCUCCUUCUCAGAAAGUCUGGACCCAGCGCUGGACCCCUCUUCUCUACCACCUCCAGACCCUUGGCUGGAGAGUGGAAACGGGAGUAACAGCAGUGUUCCCCAGAGCGGAGGAGGGGGAACACUGUGUCGGAGAGACGGCCACUGGUUCAUGAAGCUGCUGCAGGCCGAGACGGGACGCAUGGAAGGCUGGUGCCAGCAGAUGGAGCAGGAGACCAAAGACAACCAGCUCUCAGAAGAAGUGCUGGGGAAGGUUCGCAGUGCAGUAGGGAGUGCCCAGCUCCUAAUAUCCCAGAAGUUCCAGCAGUUUCGGGGACUGUGUGAACAAAACUUGAAUGUGAAUGCCAACCCACGGCCCACAGCCCAGGACCUGGCUGGUUUCUGGGACCUGCUGCAGCUCUCCAUCGAGGACAUCAGCCUCAAGUUUGAUGAGCUCUACCAUCUCAAGUCCAAUGACUGGCAGCCUGUGCCAUCUGCGGCUGCCCAGUCGCCCCCUGAGCGGAAGGACGAGGAGAAGGCAACCCCUCCAGCAUCAAAGAAGCCCGGUAAAGGACGACCAUUGCUGGGCCGCGAGAAGAGUGGCGACUCCUCGUCCACAUCUUCCUCUGCCUCUGCAGAGAAGCAGAGACAAGAGGCUCGCAAGCGUCUGCUGGCUGCUAAAAAGGCCGCCUCUUUUCGCCAGAACUCCGCCACAGAGAGUGCGGACAGCAUCGAAAUCUAUGUCCCUGAGGCCCAGACUCGCCUCUGAGAGAGACAGUGAGAGGGAAGGAUAUAUGGUUGGAUCAAAGGACAGAUAAGUGUUGCUGAAAUACCUGGAAGAAGGAGAGGAAAACUUUUGCAAUGCAAAUGAGCUACUCUGAGAAAACACGGACGGAGAUGGGGGGGAGGAGAGAUCAAAUUCCUAGAGAUUAGGGAGGGUGUGGAUUUGGGCAUUUUUGGCACACUCUUACAAUUAUAGGCUGGUCCUGGUGACAUCAAACACAACAUAACAAGAAAGGAUUUUUUUUUUUGUGGACUUGACAGACCAUGAAGCAGACUCCUCAUUUGAGGCUGCCAUUGAAAACCUCAGCCGAUGAACUUCUUCAUUUCUUGUUACUACUCUUGAUAUCAUAAAAUUGUUAAUGAAGGUAUUGUUAUUACGAUGAUUAUAUCCUAAAGAAUCUAUAUGAAGACUGUUUUAAACGUUCCUCUACCUUGGCUAUAAGAUCUAUUAAGUGGACAGGAGCUAAACAUUAAUGCUCUUCUGUCUCUCAUCGUCGUCCUUUCUUCCCAGGUCAUUGGCCAUCUUGUAGCUUUGCACAACACCACCUUGUGGCCAUCACACACAAACACACACACACAACGCGCACACUACAUCCACCGCACUCUCACAUUGCAAAUUCACACAUUUAUGUAUGUCUUCCUUGUAUUUGUUUGUUUACUUUAUUCAUCGUUUUGGUAUGCUCAAACUGAAAGUCACAUUUGAAGGGGUAUUUAGUUCCUGGCAAUUAACUCUUGUGUAUGUCCUUUAAAAUGUUCUUGUGUCAAAGAUUUUUAACACUGGUGAGAAUCUGUAAAGUUUAGUUUCUUAAUGGUUUUGAAUGAAAGCUCAUCCCAAUAUUAAUGACGACAGAGCACGAGGAGCUCUAUUUCAGUCAGAGUAUCAGUGGCCACAGUAUUACUGAAUACAUUUUUUUCUUUGUAGGGAAGACCUCUUCAGCUCCUUCUUUUUCUUCUCUCUGUCCCAUUAACUGUUUUCAUGUUCAUGCUGUAACUGCAGAUAUGUGAAUAUUUCAGGAUUUUUAUUCCAUCUGUCUAUCUAAUGCUUCUUUAAGUGCUUUUAUUAACCACACUUAGCGUUCAACUCGUACAUCUCAAAUGAAUCUAGGGCUUUUAUUAAAGUAAUGCAGCAGGCUGAGUAUGCAGGAUGACACUGUGUUAUUGUUCAUGGGUACACACAGUAGGAUGUGUGUCUUGCUGUUAUUUUUCUACUUUGUUUCCGAAAGCAUUUUCAUUUAUUUUGCCUCCCGUCACACCACAAAAUCAAUCUUACUACUUUGUUACCAUUGUUGUUUCCCCCAUUGAACAUCAUCCAAAGUACCUGCACUUUUUUUUUAUUCAAAUAAGACAUAUUUAAUUAAACCAUUACAUACAUUA